ACACAGUCUCGAAGGACGCCUCCAAGUGUCGCAUUUAAUGCAGCGAUCGCAAGGACAUCAGCAUAGCUGCCAUGUCGAGCUUGCUUCCCGAGACAGAUAGCGAGGACGAACUGCCAUCGGGUUGGGAGGAGUGCGUGGCGAGCGACGGUUCGGUCUACUACGCCGACCACUUGGGCCAGCGCACGCAGUGGGUGCACCCACGAACAGGAAAGCGCAAGCGUGUCUCGCAGCAGCUGCCCUUCGGCUGGGAGCGCAGCGGCGACGGCGCCUUCGUCGAGCGCGCUUCGGGACGACGAAGCCAGACCGACCCGCGGCUCGCUUUCCCCGUCGAGGAAGGCGCCCCCCGUCAGCGCUUCGACGCCAGCUCGACAGCCAUGCAGGUGCUGCACGGACGAAACCUGGAUGGCCAGACAGCUGUCAUUACGGGGGGCAGCUCAGGCAUUGGCCUCGAGACUGCACUAACGCUGGCAUCGCAUGGCUGCGACGUGAUCAUUGCUUGUCGCUCAGCAGAUGCUGUUACCAAAGCCAUAGCCCAGGCCAAAGCCAAAAAGCCCAGCACCAAGUUGUCCUUCCUGCCUCUAGACCUGGCUUCCCUGAAGUCUGUGCGUGACUUUGCCACAGCUUUGGUACUGCAGCGGCAGCGCCUAGACAUGCUUAUCCUCAACGCUGGCGUUUUUGCAGUUCCAUACUCUAUCACAGAGGAUGGCUUUGAGCGCACCUUUCAGGUGAAUCACCUGGGCCAUUUUUACCUGACAAUGCUGCUAGAGCCAUUGUUACUUGCUUCAGCACCUGCACGCAUUGUUGUGCUGUCGUCUGAGAGCCACCGCUUCAGCUUUCUGUCAGCUGCCAACUUAUCUGAAGACCGCCUGUCGAAUCCAACGGGCCAAGGCUUCUAUCCUGUGCUGGUGUACAAUGACACCAAGCUUUGCAACGUGCUAUUUGCAGCUGAACUUGACCGACGGUGGGGACCAAGGGGCGUGCGUGCCUAUGCUGUACAUCCUGGAAACAUGGUGUUUACUGGCCUCCCACGCGAGAGUUGGCUGUAUUGGGCUCUCUUCCUGCUGGUACGGCCAUUCACCAAGUCCAUGGCGCAAGCUGCUGCAACAACCAUACUUUGUGCUACAGCACCGGAACUGGCCGAUGCCGGAGGUGCUUACUUCAACAACUGCUGCCAGUGCAGGCCAUCAGCUGCAGCUGAGGAUGAAGUGCUAGCUGGGCUACUCUGGAGGACGAGCCAAGCGAUGAUCGGCCGAGCAGUCCUGCACAUUGAUCAAGGAAAUGCUGAGCGUGGUGUACAAUAACGCGGUCACAUAA